CUUUCUUUCCCAUUCCUGCUCAGUGGCGUUCCCCUGCGGCCGUCAGCAGAUGGAGGCUUUGGAUCGAGGUCGCUCUCUGCUGAGUUCCUUGGAGACAGACGAUGCCACGUGGGAUUACAAUGCAACAGACAGCUGGCUACCUGAACUUAAUUCAACAGAGGUGUGGACAGCGAACGCAACAGGGAGAGGAGGGAACCUGACGGACAGUGGAGGGGCAGGAGGUAGCGAGAUGCAGCCUCGUGUUGUGGGUGGAUCCCUGGAGAGGAGAGGAGGGAGCCCCUGGCAGGUUCUGAUCCACAGGUCUGACGGCUUCGGUUUCUGCGGAGGGACUCUGGUAUCUGACCGAUGGGUCGUUUCUGCCGCUCACUGCUUUGAAGAGUCUGCAGACCACAUUACGAUAGGUGACUACGACAAGCAGCGUCCCGAUCCAGGCGAGCAGCAGAUAAAGAUCCAGAAGGUCAUCAUUCAUCCUCACUUCCACGCCUUCACCUUCGACAGCGACCUCGCUCUGCUCUAUCUCGCCCGGCCUGUUCAGAGGGGCCCCACCGCAGUCCCCGCCUGCCUCCCCGACACCCACCUCUCCAAAUACCUGCUGAAGGAGGACAACCACGGCGUGGUGACGGGCUGGGGGGCCACCGAGUACCUGGGCCGCUCCUCGAGGUUCCUGAGGAAGGUGACACUCCCAGUGGUCGGCUACAAAGACUGCAUCAGCACCACCGAGCAGGUGAUCACAGACAACAUGUACUGCGCAGGUUACCUGGAGGCCAGUAAGGACGCCUGCAGCGGGGACAGCGGAGGGCCGUUUGUGGUGAACUACAGGGGGACCUGGUUCCUGACCGGGGUCGUCAGCUGGGGGGAGAAAUGUGCCGCCCGUGGCAAGUACGGUGUCUACACCCGACUGGGCAACUUCCUCAACUGGAUCCGAGACACAAUGGAGAGACGGGACGUGAACGGCACUGGGAGCCCGUGAAGCCCCGAGAGCCAAGCGUGCCCGGUUUCAUGUGAGGGGAUUAUGGGAUACCGAGUGAGCUGCAACCACCUUCAAACCGACUCUGAACACUGCUGCCACACUGACGCCAUAAAGGGAUCUGCUGCAGUAAUAGUACAGCGAGUAUGCAUAGUGAGUACUUUAAUACCACAGAGGGUAUCACCCUGAGAUUUAAAGCAAUGCUGUGAAGGAGCAUGCAGUAAAUCUGUUGCUGUGUUUGUCUAUGAAUAAAUGUCAAGGAGCAAAA